CACUGUCGAGAAAGUGUGGAACAUUGAGGUUAGAUAACCAGGUGCACGUUUCAGUAUGUCAACCGAUAAGAAGGUAUCAGAUGUCACGAAAAAUAUAUCCGAAAUGGGGGUGCAGGAAACAGGGAAGAAGCUGACACAUAAGGAAAAGAAAAAAUUGAAGAAACAGCUAGAAUAUGAGAGAACGAUAGAAAUGUUAACGAAAACCGGUGGUCAGGGUCAUAGUGAACUCGAAAGUAAUUUCACUGUUUCGCAGAGUCAGAGUCUGCAACGCGGUAAUCAGCAAUUAGAAAAUGCGGUUGAUAUCAAGGUGGAAAAUUUUAGCAUUGCUGCCAAAGGAAAGGAACUUUUUACCAAUGCCAGCCUGUUAAUUGCGCAGGGCAGACGUUACGGUUUGGUAGGACCGAACGGUCAUGGAAAAACUACUUUACUUCGUCAUAUUGCAAAAAGAGCCUUCACCAUUCCACCUAACAUUGAUGUUUUGUACUGUGAACAAGAGGUAAUUGCUGAUGACACUCCAGCUGUGGAAGUAGUACUUAAUGCAGAUGUGAAAUAUAAAGAAUUAAUGUCAGAGUGCAAGAAAUUAGAAGAAUUGACAGAACAGGGAGAUACUUCUGUUCAAAGUAGAUUACAAGAGGUUUAUGACGAAUUGAAAAUUAUCGGUGCUGAUUCUAUAGAACCACGUGCUAGGAGAAUCCUUGCUGGUCUUGGAUUUAAUCGUGCAAUGCAAGACCGUGCCACAAAGAAUUUUUCUGGUGGAUGGCGAAUGCGUGUUUCUCUUGCUAGAGCUCUUUUCUUAGAACCUACAUUGCUAUUGCUUGAUGAACCUACAAAUCAUUUGGAUUUAAAUGCUGUCAUUUGGUUGGAUAACUAUCUUCAAGCUUGGAAGAAAACUUUACUUAUUGUUUCUCAUGACCAGAGUUUCUUGGAUAAUGUGUGCACAGACAUAAUUCACUUGGACCAACAAAAAUUGUUUUACUACAAGGGCAACUAUAGUAUGUUCAAAAAAAUGUACGAACAGAAGAAAAAAGAAAUGAUUAAAGCAUACGAGAAGCAAGAAAAACGACUUAAAGAAAUGAAGGCUUCUGGUCAAAGUAAAAAGCAAGCUGAGAAAAAGCAGAAAGAAGUUUUAACUAGAAAGCAAGAAAAGAAUAGAACAAAAAUGCAGAAACAAGAAGAUGAGAAUGCACCUGCAGAAUUGCUGCAAAAACCUAGAGAUUAUUUAGUGAAAUUUAGUUUUCCUGAUCCACCUCCAUUACAGCCACCAAUUCUUGGUCUUCAUAAUGUGUCAUUUGCAUACCAAGGACAAAAACAAUUAUUUAUCGAUGUGGAUUUUGGGAUAGACUUAAGUUCCCGAAUAGCUAUAGUAGGACCGAAUGGCGUUGGAAAAUCUACAUUUUUAAAGUUAUUAACUGGUGACUUACAACCGCUUAAAGGGGAUUUAAUAAAGAAUCAUCGAUUGAGGAUAGGUAAGUUCGACCAGCAUUCUGGCGAACAUCUAACCGCUGAAGAAACACCGUCGGAAUAUCUAAUGCGUUUGUUCGAUCUCCCGUAUGAGAAGGCUAGGAAACAAUUGGGAACGUUUGGACUUAGUUCUCAUGCGCAUACGAUUAAAAUGAAAGAUUUAUCAGGAGGUCAAAAGGCACGUGUCGCUUUAGCAGAAUUGUGUUUAAAUGCACCCGAUGUUGUGAUUUUAGACGAACCGACGAAUAAUUUAGAUAUCGAAUCUAUCGAUGCUCUAGCUGACGGUAUCAAUGGAUAUAAAGGAGGAGUUAUCAUCGUUUCUCACGAUGAGCGUUUAAUUAGGGACACAGAAUGUUGUUUAUAUGUAAUCGAAAAUCAACAGAUUAACGAAAUCGAUGGAGAUUUCGAUGACUAUAGGAAAGAAUUGCUGGAAAGCUUGGGAGAAGUUAUUAACAAUCCUAGUAUAGCUGCGAAUGCCGCUGUUCUACAAUGA